AUGUCUCCCUCCGCCGUUGAAGCCCCCACAACUGCUGCUCCUACUUCAGCAGGAGACAGCGUUUCCAACCAGGUCGCCCAGUCUGUACCUGCACCGGUGUACCUCUCGACCGAGCCAGGUCCCGACCAUGACUGGAAGGUCAACCUGAAGAACAAGGUCAUUGUUAUUACUGGCGCAAACCGUGGUAUCGGUCUCGGACUUGCAACCGUAUGCCUUGCCAACGAUGCGAAGGAGGUCUACUCAUUCGACCUGUUCGAGCCUGGUGAGGAAUUCCAGGCCCUCCAGCAGGCAAAUCCGAAGCGCGUCCACUACGUCAACUGCGACGUCACAUCGGAAGAGAGUGUAAACAAGGCUGUGGACCAGGUCGUCGCACAAUCGGGCCGUAUCGAUGGCAUGGUUGCCAACGCCGGCAUGACGAAGCACCAGCCCGCGCUAAACUUCGACCGCCCACAGCUCGAGCAGCUGUUCAACCUCAAUGUCUUCGGAGCAUACUUCUGCGCAAAGGCGGCUGCGAACAAGUUCAUUGAGCUCGGCAUCAAGGGUUCUAUCGUCUUCACCGCGUCGAUGACAUCCUACCGACCGAACCGCGCCGCUCCUUCUGCACCAUAUGGAGGCACCAAGGCCGCCGUACGGAAUAUGGCGCACACACUGGCCAUGGAAUGGGCCAAGCACGGCAUCCGCGUCAACUCCAUCUCCCCCGGAUUUGUGAGGACACAAAUGACAUACUACGUGGAGAAGGCUGCGGACUGGAACCUGAAGAUGCAGUACUACGGCGGUAUGCCCAGGUUGGCAGACCCCAGGGAGCUCGGUGGAGCUUACGUGUACCUGCUGUCUGAGGGCGCAACGUACACCACCGGCAUCGAUAUCCCCAUUGCCGGUAUUGUCGGUGCAUGGUAG